CAAUAACACUUCAAAUAACAAAAUAACUUUGAAAUUAUCACUUUUGUGGCGGAACGCAUAGUGAGCUUUAUAAAUUGUGACAUAUACUUCAAAUUGAAUUUCCUUUAUUGGAUACGGAAUGAAAAUUGUAUCGCAAAAAAUAAUAAUUGAUUCCGCAGUUUCCUCCGUUUUAGCUGACCGUUUGUGAUUUUGAGUUUGAGAAAAGCUUCGAAUUGAAAUGUGAAAGUAUCUGCGAAAUUGCAAGGACAAUUACGAUGAAGAAAGAACUAAUUAAUCUAGAAGAAAAAAUGCUGUCUGUUAGUGAAGAUCACGGAUUUCGUUCUAUGAGUCACUCAGAUGCCAUGGAAACAGACACUUCAGCGCAGGAUAUGCUGACAUGUGGAUCCUGUCAGAAAACGUUUGCUCUUUCGGAUAUAGUUAAAUUUAUACAACACAAAGUGCUACAAUGUAACAAAGAGAACUACGGCCAGUGUUCAACUCAAGCUCCAACAACCGACAGAGAUGCGGACGAUGGUCGACCUCUAAGCCUAGUUAACAGAAGACCUUCGAUAUCAGCUCCAAUCAUUAUUCGGAAAGCUUCUGGGUCUGGAUCACGCAUCCACACGCCACCUCCCAGUCCUGCGGAUCUCUUAGCCGAUGGUGCGUCCAGCACUCCCAAGCGCUUAGUAGACGAAAAUGACAACACAACGCCCAGGCAUGAAGAAACGGUGGAGAAAAAUGCGCCUUCGGAAUGCGUCAAUACUAACUUAAAUGAGUCCGAAUUAGCAGGUGAUACAGAAAAGCUUAACACUAUAAGGAUAAAGCAGGAAGUGGAGCUCUGCAAUGAUGAAACGAGUAUGAACAACGCAUUGCUUGCUAACGAUUCCAGCCAGGACAAUAACGAUGGUCAACCGAUGUCAAAACGUCCGAAAAUUGAAGUUGUUGACGCGGAAUCUAACACAUUGCACUCAGAGCCCAGUUAUUACACAUGCUGUACGUGCAAGACUCGUUACACCUCUGCUUGGCGUUUAAUUCAACAUGUGCAGCAUUCACAUGGCGUUAAAAUAUAUGUGGAAUUCCCCACGUCUUCAUCCCCACAUUCCACCAGUUCGGUUUCGGAUCCUACGUCAUCUACUUCACCGCUAAUAAUGCAUCCACACUCGGCAUCAAUGCCUGUGGUUGUAUCAGCACCGACAAUAACCUCAGCGGUAUCAACGACACAGUCUUUGCCGUCUUCAGCUUCCACAUCAUAUCUUUAUCCGCCCAUCAAUCAUCAAUCACAAAAAUCUGAUAACUCGAGUACAAACUGCAGCAUUAGUAGCAAGAGUAGCGGAAGCGGCAACGCCUCCACCAGCCUACCGGCACCAACUUGUAGUGGUCACUCAAAUGCUGUCCAACAACAGCAACAACAAAUCCAACAACAACUUCAACAACAUCGAGUAGCUGUUGCUGCUGCAGCGGCAGUUGAGCAGCAUAAGCAACAACAACAAAGCAAUCUAACAACAGCAAUGCAGAAUGCACAGAACCUAGCGGUGGCUGCAGCAGCGGGAAUGCGCCAUCAUAGUCUAUUGCCUCCUCCAGACAUGCACGCGAAUCCGUUCAAUCUGCUGAGAAUGCCCCUACCACCGUCACUGGCACAAAAUCCUGUAGUUCCUACGGUCACACCCCUGUUUUCACGGCCCCAUCCCGAUCACUAUAGAAUGGACCAACUGGUAACGGAGCAAUUUCGGCAUCAUGGCCUUAACUUAGCGGCAGCAGCAGUUGCAGCCGCCAACUCCCUUACCUCGCCGCACUCCGGUCCUUCACAAUUCAGUCAAGGGAAUGGCGCUCCUUCCAGCAACUCGAUGGAGCCCAGACCACCCUCGAACAAUAACAGCCACCGGGGCUCCGCGCCAGCCACACCUCUGCCACCGCAACCAAUAAUCAUCCCACAACAAAAUAACCCGAAUCAAGGUGGGCCUCAAGCAGGUAUGAAUCUUGAACCACAGAUGGAUUUUUACUCGCAGCGAUUGCGUCAGCUUGCCGGAACAACAAGUCCUGGGGCUGGAAAUAUUGUUAACUCGAGCUCGCCGAGUCCACGACAAAAGCAAUCGCCACACUUCGCGAGUCCAUCACCAUCCCAGCUACCUCCUACUCCAGUAACAAAUAAUACACGGCCACAUUCAUUAACUCCACCACAUAAGGGCGACUCUUCGAAUCAAGAGAACGAAAAUAUCAACUCAACGCCACGGUCAGCAUCCACACCGCCCUCGAAGCCGAUUCAAGAUAAUUCUGCGGUAUUCGCCUGCGCUUAUUGCGAGAAGAAAUUCCGAUUUGAAAAUAAUUUGAUUAUUCAUCAAAGAACACAUACCGGAGAAAAGCCGUACAAAUGCACAGCUUGUGAAUUCGAAUGCUCGCAUAUCAAUAAACUGAUGAAGCACAUGAGGGUUCAUCGCAGUCCGGAAGAUGUCGCAAGUAAUGCAGGCUCUGUGGAUUCCAACGAUGCUGAAGACUCUGAAGCUGAUGCCGAUGCUGACGCAGAAGCAGAGGGUGAGGCGGAGGUCGAUGGAGAGGAGGAUAACUUGGACGAAGACGGUAUGGAAGAAGAUGAGGAAGAUGAAGGUGAAGACGGGGAAGACAUCGAUUAUGAAGCCGAAGAUCUAAGUGUCAGCAAUCGAAUAGAUGGAAAAAGCGAAAGCCCUAAGACCACAAGUACCGGCCCUACAUCGUUGGUAGGUGAACUGAUGGAUAAGUUCGGUCUAUCGAACAUAGCUCAAUACUCUGAAGCUUACAAACAAGCAUUACAAGAAUCUGGAAAAUUCAAAUACUUAGCAAAUAAGGAUCGAGACAAUAAUAACACCAGCAAUUCGGGAAUAUCGCAGAUGUCAGAUAAAUUGAAUGGUUUCCCAGCAGCAUUACGCCUGAGGGACGAGCUUUCGAAGAACAUGUUUCAGCAGUCAUCCCAACCUGAUGCACCAAGUCAAGUGCCGCUCUUUAAUCCGUUUCAAAAUCCUUUCGAAUUGUCCAAACGUGUAAAGAUGGACAACAGCGACUGGUGGAAUAUGUCGGCAUUGCAUCGGAAUGACUCGAUUUUCGAAAAUCUUAAAAUGAAGCCUUUGGGACUGGGCUCUGCCAACUCCAUGCUGCACAACCCAAUGCUGAAAAAGGAUAAUCGCCAACGCAAUGACACGUGCGAGUUCUGCGGAAAAGUAUUUAAAAACUGCUCUAACCUGACCGUGCACCGCCGCAGCCAUACCGGCGAAAAACCAUACAAGUGCGAAUUGUGUUCCUAUGCCUGUGCGCAAAGCUCCAAACUGACUCGCCACAUGAAAACCCACGGACGCACUGGCAAAGACGUCUAUCGGUGCCGCUUCUGUGAUAUGCCCUUCAGUGUACCGUCGACUUUGGAAAAGCACAUGCGCAAGUGUGUCGUCAAUCAGGGCAAGGCAGCGGCAGCAGCUGCAAAUGCAGCCAACGCUGUUGCAGCCGCACAAGCUGCAGCUGCAGCCCAACACCUGCAAUCACAGCUACCCACGCAAUUAUCACCUGCUAGCUCGAUCUCAUCGUUCCCACCUCAAUUUGUUGGCAUGGCCGGCAGCAACACUGGCAACAAUAUCUCACUGCCCGGCAGCAUAGGCGGAGAUAACGAAAGCAGUCUACCCACAAGCUUGCCAUCUCACCCCAUCUCGUUGAAGGAGGAGGCAUGACUUUUUCCCCAUU